UUGAUUUCAAAUUCAAAACGUGCAGAGAAAAAAGAGAAGACUCGGAAAAAACUUGCUACUAUCCAACAGUUGUGCAGCCGUUACCUGACUCCCGCACCACAGAACAAGAUUGGACCACAAAAACAGACUGGACCACAGAAACAUACUGGACCACAAAACCAAACUAGACUACUGAAGCGGACAGAGAGAUCUGAGAUGGUUGACGUGAAUAAUUGCCGUUUAACAGUUUUUAAAAAGCUUCACGACAAGCUGUACGACUACCAGCGAGAGGGGGUCUCCUUCCUGUACGGCCUCCACAGAGAUGGGCACAAAGGGGGGAUUCUGGCAGAUGACAUGGGGCUCGGGAAGACCAUCCAGAUCAUAUCGUUCCUCUCUGGCAUGUAUGACAACGAGCUGAUAAAACACACUCUGCUCGUCAUGCCAACGUCGCUCAUCCCAAACUGGACCAGGGAGCUCGCCAAAUGGACUCCUGGCAUUAGGGUCACAACAUUUCACGGCAUCAGUAAGGUGGAGAGGAGCAGGAGUUUGGAGAAAGUUCGGAGGAGGAGAGGUGUGGUUAUCACCACAUACACCAUGCUGGUAUACAACUGGCAGCAGCUGUCCUCCUACCGAGGACAGGAGUUCUGCUGGGACUAUGUGAUCCUGGACGAGGCUCACAAGAUAAAAAACACAUCCACCAAAACAGCCAAGAGUGCCUAUGCCAUCCCGUCCAGGAACCGGAUCCUCCUGACAGGAACUCCGGUCCAGAACAACCUGAGGGAAAUGUGGACUCUCUUUGAUUUUGCUUGCCAAGGUGCUCUCUUGGGGACGGCGAAGACUUUCAAAACAGAGUAUGAGAACCCCAUCACUCGAGCCAGGGAGAAGGACGCCACCCCAGGAGAAAAGGCUCUGGGUUCACGGAUGUCCGAAAACCUCAUGGCCCUAAUAAAACCCUACUUCCUGCGUAGGACAAAGUCUGAAGUCCAGAAAAAGAAGACGAUGGUCAAAGAAGAACCCUCAGGUAAAAAGGACAAAACAGACUCUGGAGCAGUUAUGCCCAAACUGACCCGAAAGAACGACCUGAUUGUCUGGACCUACCUGAGCGCCGUCCAGGAGGACAUUUACAGGCAGUUCAUUGACUUGGACCACAUUAAGGAGCUGCUCAUGACCUCCAGGUCCCCUCUGGCUGAGUUGAACAUCCUGAAAAAGUUGUGCGACCACCCGCGACUCCUUUCUGCCGGGGCAAUAGCUAAGCUGGGGCUUGAGGAAGACGGCCCGCAGGGCGAUGGUAGCGACGCCAACGCCAACGGCAUCGCCAACAUCCCAGACGAUACCCUGAUAUCAGAGUCUGGGAAGCUGGUCUUUCUGCUGGCUCUGCUGGAGAAGCUCAGAGAAGAAGGCCACCGCACGCUGGUGUUUGCGCAUUACAGGAAGGUCCUGGACAUCAUUGAACGCAUCCUUGGCAACAGGGGCUUCAAAGUGCUGAGGCUGGAUGGCACAAUAACACAGCUGGCAGAGAGGGAGCGGCUCAUCUCCCGCUUUCAGGAGGACCGGCGCUACUCCGUCUUCCUCCUCACCACUCAGGUGGGUGGAGUCGGCAUCACCUUGACGGCGGCUGACCGAGUGGUCAUCUACGACCCCAGCUGGAACCCGGCCACCGACGCCCAGGCCGUGGACCGCGCCUACCGCAUCGGCCAGACCCAGAACGUCGUCAUCUACCGGCUGAUCACCUGCGGCACUGUGGAGGAAAAGAUCUACAGGCGGCAGGUCUUCAAAGACUCCCUCAUCAGGCAGAACACCGGCGACAAGAAGAACCCGUUCCGCUACUUCAGCCGGCAGGAGCUGAAGGAGCUCUUCACUCUGGAGGAGCCCAGGUCCUCGUCCACGCAGCUGCAGCUGCAAGCUCUGCACUCCAGACACCGGCGGACCGACCCGGCCCUGGAGCAGCACAUCGCCCAGCUGCACGCCAUGCACAUGUUUGGCAUUUCAGACCACGACCUCCUGUUCUCCCUCGACAUCCACCACGACGAGGCCCCCGAGAACCCGGAGGAGCACAACUACAUCGAAGGGCGGGUCCAGAAGGCUCAGGAGCUGGUGAGGGCCGAGUGCCAGCUGCAGCUGGCCGAGAGCACAGAACCAUCCGCCAACAGCAAAGAGACGUCCUAUGAAUGGAAUCCCACAGAUCCAGGACCUCGUCCCUCCCUUUCACUGCCUGACAACAACUUUUUAGACCAGUCUGGUUCCAGGGAGCGGCUGGACCAAUCGGAAAGCUCUUCGGGGAACGACAGAAGCCUGUUUUAUGUCACAGCAGAUGACAACGACCAGGGUUUGUGUGAAACUUCCCUCUCUGAGAUGGACUUGAAACACAAAAGGGUUUCCAUCCCGCGGCAGUCCGACUCACGAUUCAGAGGAGAAUCCCACAAAAUGAGCCCUGAACCUGAAUUGUUUGAUGAAAACUUUAAAGAUGGCCAGGGUGAUUUUUUUGCAGAGUCUGAGACUGAAGAGGAGCAACAGAAGCUGCUGUCCCAGCUUCAGAUGAACGGCAGCUUUGACGUCUACAGGUCUCUGUCAGAGAGUCUGCACAGACAGAACCUCAGCAGGUCUAGGACUGGGUCCAACACGGCCGGGAUUUACAGCAGAGAAGAAGAACAGCAACUGAGCCAUGUGCCCGAAAGCUUUUUCCAGUUUCCAGGAACAUCCACAGCCAGACUGACACCCUCUGGUUCUUCCCCUGACCACUGCAGGAUGAGCGUGGAUGGAACCAGCUCUGUGGUCUCACGCCGGCCCCUGAUCCAGUCCUUCCAGUCCAUCGGGGAUGUGGAGGAGGUUUACUUUUCAGAGAUAGAUUCUGAGAAAGAGGAACAGAAUAGGAAAGAAGAGAAGUCAGGAGAUGUUUGGGAUACCUCUGCAGAGGAGAGGGGAAGACAGACAAGGAAGACAAGAAGGAGAACGACGAAGGUGAUUGGACUGCAGUGGAGGAGGAGGGUGGGGAGGCAACUGAGGAGGAGCAGCAGGAGGAUCUCUCUGAGGCAUCAGAAUCAGGACUUCUGCCUCUCAUCAACUGGAAACCCUGAGCCGGCCUUCAACUCGGAGGUCUACGACUCGCUGGUCAGAAGAGGGAAGGAGUGUUGCAGCCUGGGCAAGCUGCAGGAGGCCCUGGAGUUCCUCCUGAAAGCCAUCGACAUCAAACCAGGAGACCCUGAUGUUCAGCUCAUGACCAUCCAGCUCUAUCGGCAGCUGGGCCAGCAGGGAAGCUCCGAGGGCCAGAGCCCCACAAAGAUGUCCCCUCAAGAUCCCAACUGUCAAAGUUUCACUGAU